AGUAGAAAAAAAAGUGAUAUUUAAUGAGAAAAUGUAGCUCAAAUGGGUGAAGAGUGGCUAAAAAUUGUAUAAAGCAGCAAAAGCUUCCCGUUCUUAAGGUUUUCUGGGGACUAAUGUUUUAAAUUAAGACAUAAAGAGCCACAUGUGGUUCUAGAGCCACGCGGUGAGUAUCACUGCUCUCCAUCGUCCAGGCCUAUGGUGAUGUCUUUUGUACUCAUAAUUAUUAAAAUACAGUAAACUCUGCUGUCCUCUUUGACCUGCUGCAGUCACGGUGGGAAGGAUUAUUUCUUAUCUGAUAAAAGUGGGACCCGUCUCUUGGACCGCCCCCUGAUGGAGGAGGCGGGGCCCCACAUUCUGGGGUAUAAAAACCUCCACAGGUUGGCUCAUCAGUACAGUCAACAACAGUCAAACCAGGGUAAGAUGACCAGUCUCACUGAGAAGGACAAGGCCACCGUCAGAGCCUUCUGGGCCAAAGUAUCUCCGAGGGCUCAGGACAUCGGCACCGACGCGCUCUCCAGGAUGCUGACUGUGUACCCACAGACUAAGACCUACUUCGCCCACUGGAAGGACACAAGCCCAGACUCUCCCUCCUCCAAGAAGCACGGGAUCACCAUCAUGGGUGGAGUUGAUUUUGCUGUUUCCAAACUGGAUGACCUUAAAGGAGGUCUGCUGAAUCUCAGCGAGCUGCACGCCUUCACUCUGCGUGUGGACCCUGCCAACUUCAAGAUCAUUUCUCACUGCAUCCUUGUGGUCAUGGCCAUCAUGUUCCCUGAUGACUUCACCCCCGAGGUCCACGUCUCCAUGGACAAGUUCCUGGCUGCUCUGGCUCUGGCUCUGGCUGAGAAAUACAGAUAA